AAUGUCCCAUUCAGUUGCUUCAUUUUCUCAUCCUGAGUACAAUUCUGGUUCAUGAGUGUGUUUGUUUUUUCCCCCCAUAUAGAGAUAAUCUGUUCUACAAAUCUCAUAAUUCUGCUGGAGGAUGAAAUCUUUGCUGAUUUUUUCAACACAUUUCUUUCUCUCCCGGUUUUCGGUCAGACACCAUUUUAUACAGUUGAAAAUGCACAGUGGAGCUUGUGUCCAGAAAUACCUCAUGACUUCAUUCCAAAGUACAAAGGAUUAUUGAGCUGGUUGGGAAAAUACCGGUUACCUUUCUUCUGUAAAACCAACUUGUGUUUCCAUUACAUUCUCUGUCAAGAGCUCAUCAGUUUCAUUAAUUCCCCAGAAGGAGCCAAGAUGAUGAGAUGGAAAAAGGCAGACCAGUGGCUACUCCAGAAAUGCAUUGGCGGGGUCAGAGGGAUGUGGCGCUUCUGUACCUACCUCAAGGGCAGUGCAGGUGAAGAGCUGGUGGAUUUCUGGAUCCUUGCUGAGAAGAUCCUGGGCAUAGAUGAGAUGGACUUGGAAUUGAGAGACCACUACCUGUCUCUCCUCCUUGUGCUGAAGGCCACCCAUCUUCAGGAGGGCUCACGGGUAGUGACCCUCUGCAACAUGAACAUAAAGUCUCUCUUGAACCUCUCCAUCUGGCAUCCCAACCAGUCAACCACCAGGCGGGAGAUCUUGAGCAACAUGCAGAAAGUGGCUCUGUUCAAACUCCAGAGUUAUUGGCUUCCCAACUUUCACACCCAUUCCAAGACCAUCAUCGCUAAGGAGGAAUCAUUGCAGAAUCUGAUUCAAGAAUAUGAGACUCGCCAGUGCAGUAUUUGCUGUAGCCAUGUAGGAGGGCUCCCUCUGAACAUGAGCAUCAAGCCCUCGUGCCACCCCCAGAAGCUGUACUCGAGCAGAAAGAUCAAGCGGAAGAUAUGGCGGUUGCUAGAUCAUGCACCGUGGUCCCUGGAAUUGGAUACCAAGUCAGGCCCCAAAUCCACAUCCUCCCAGGAGACCUGUCCUCAAGAGAGAGUGGUUAUAGAGAUGCCUUCCCUGAAAAAGGCCUCUUCAAAGGAGAGAAUAACCAGUUCCCUGGAAAAGGACAGUCUCGGUGCCAGGAAGUCCAACAUGAAGAAGAAAGCCAAGAGCCAUCUCCACAUGGAGGGCCUCUUUGAGGCCAAGAUCUCUACCCACCUGAGGACUGCCACCCCCAUCAUCCGUCACUCCCCCCGUGUGACAGUCAAGAAGGCCAUCAAGCAAAGACUCUCCUUGGGGUACACCCACUGGGCCUUGUGUGCUGAUGCCUUUGCAGGGAGCCCCUUCCGGGACCACCUGAAGAAGCAGAAUUUGAAAACCGAGGUCCAACUCCUGGACCUCUGGCAGGACCUGCACCAUUUCCUCAGUGUCCUGAUGAAUAACAGGAAGACGGGGAAUGCCGUCUUUUGGCACAUACUGGGCAACCGAAUCUGUGAGCUCUACCUGAAUGAACAGAUUGGUCCAUGCUUACCACUCAACUCCCAAACCAUUGAAGGUCUGAAGAAGCUUCUGCCUUCUGGGAGUAUGAACCCCUGGAUACCCAAAGCCCAGGAGGAGAUCUGCCAGAUGCUCAGCUCCUGGUAUGAUGAAUUCUUGAAUGAAGAGGACUACUCGUUUCUCACUUAUUCAACUCAGACCAAGGUCACCAACACGAGGUGGCAUAAGAAAGACUCUAUAAGGAAAAAAGAGAGCAUUCUUCUUUAUAAGAGAUUUGAGGUGUCCCUGUCGUUAUGCCAGAGUUUGGCUUACAUGGAGGAAAUGGACUCAGUGGAGUGGAGAAAACUAGCUACCGAGGACCUGAGACAAGACGGGUCUCUCCAGGUGGAACUGAAGUCUCCAGUGUUUCUGUCAGACAUAGAGAAAAUGUCCUUUGAGGAACUCUGCUAUAAGUUUCCGAAGGUGGCCAUAGAGAAGAUGAGUGAGGACUACAAAAAAUAUUCUGAAAAAGCACCUAUUCGUAAGAUGGAUUUCCAGUAUAAAAUCUAUCGUCAGAAAUUUAGCAAAGAGCCACGGAUACAUUCACCCCCAAGUAAGGAAGCGUCCUUGAAAAAGAUUGCUGCUGCCAAGCCUACAUUCAGACCCAGAACCCUGGAAGAAGUCUUCCUAAAUAUACAGCACUUUGAGUACUUCACGGAGUACCUCAAAGGACAGAAGGCUGAUAACCCAUUGCAAUUCCUGAUGGCCAUACAGAAGAUCAGUGUUGAGACCGAUGAACAGGUCUCCAAGUCUCUUGUUGAAAAUCUGAUGGAGACUUAUUUCUCUGGCUUAGUCCCUGCUGAAGACAUACUGCAGUGUGAUGCCCCUAUCAUCAGAGAAGUCUCUCAGAAGGGUCGUCUCAGCACAAACUCAUUGUUAACACUCCGGAACUGCAUCAUGAACUCUCUGAAUGAGAAGUGGUUUAAAGACUACCAGGAGCUGUUCCCAGAUUUCCCUCAGGAAGUGCAAACUCAAGCACGAAGCGUGUAUAGGAAGCCCUCGAAGACUUCAUCCGUGCAAAUACAUGAACCGCAGAAAAGAGUCUGGCUGAGAAUGGUCGGCUUUAUCAGGAGCUUUUGCAAGUACCGCAGAUUCAUGAGCAAUGCCAGCUUGCGCCAGGAAUUUGAAAAAUAUCUCCAACUGGAAAUUAACAACAACGAAAACUUCCCUUCAUCGCCAAAUGUAUCAGGGCGCCCAUCCCCACAUCACUCAACUGUCCGGAGUGCAGAGGAGAACGGAGAUAUAAUAUAUAUGAAGCGCCGUAUAUUUAACCACAAGGUUAUCAUUGUCAACUUUGCCACCAAUGAUAUAUAUUUCUUUUCUGAAAUGGAGAGAUUUAACAAUCUGGUGAGUUCAGCUCAUGUGCGUCACGUCAACUGGGCCUAUAACGAGAAUGACGUGAUCCUAAUGAAGUCCAAGAUUAACAUCAUCCUAAGGCUCUACCUGCAGUCUGACGUCCCUCCGAGGCUGAGGGUGAACAUCUCCGAGACCCAGAAGGAUGCCAUCAUCGCUGCCAUUGCCGAGGGCCGCCUGGACCGGCACAUCUUCCACGGGGCUAUCAUGUCUCUCUUCCCCAUCAUUAUGUACUUCUGGAAAAGGUUUUGUUCCUGGAAAGCAACCCGCUCUUACUUCCAGAAGAAGGAGAAGGUGACCAAGGAGAUAAAACUUCCUACUAAACCGGUGACCAAGUACUCUAUUUGGAGUGGAGGAGAACAUGCCAUCUUGAGAUUCUCCUUGCUCAGAGGUAUCGAGUGGUUGCGGCCCCAGCAGCGAGAUACAAUACCAAGUUCAGUCCAGAACUCUUCAUCGACGAGCAACCUGUCCCCGUUAGCACAUACCAUCUCCGCCCUUCAGCUGAUGGCUGCCGCAGGGUAGGUACCAGCUGGAAGUCCUCUUCUCCGGUGCUUAGCUUCUCUGUCCAAGUGCACCGUGGGAGACGGAAGAGAAACUUCCCAGAGACCUGGUUCCACCUUCUGACACUCGCUGGCAUGGAAGAACCAAGAAGUUGAGCUUGCUGCUUCUAGAGAGGCCUGUGGGUGUCCUCACCCACCUGCAUUAGGACAGGCCCUUGAGGAAGUUGAAGCCUUGACCCACCUCCCAGUAGAACACCAUUGCUGGAGAAAGAGAAAGAGCGACCC